AUGUACCUCCUUCCCCUGGUUGUGAUCCUGGGUGUUGUGACUGAUGUUCUACUGAUAGUCAUCCUCAUCCUGGUCCUCAAGAUCAUACGAGAGGACCUGAUUCUCAAAGACAACCACAAAAUGAUCAGGUUUGAUUGGUUCAAGCAGAGUUUUGGACAGAAACCCCUCCGCAUGGCAUCAUCUCUUUAUGUGGGUCAAGACAGUGAUUAUUCCAACAACUUUAUCAAGGACUUUACUGAGACCAAACGUUUGGGUUUAGAGUCCAACAGCAUGUCUGUGCUCCAGCAGCCUGUGUCUGAGUCAGUCCAGCUAGGAGACUCUGUGACUCUGAACUGUACAAUACACACUGAGACCUGUGUAGGAGAACAAAGUGUCUAUUGGUUCAGACAUGGCUCAGGAGUAUCCCGUCAAGGAAUCAUUUACACCCAUGGAAACAGUAUUGAUCAGUGUGAGAAGUUCCCUAACGCUGGGUCUCCUACACAGAGCUGUGUCUACAACCUCCCCAAGAGGAACCUCAGCCUCUCUGAUGCUGGGACUUACUACUGUGCUGUGGCCUCAUGUGGGGAGAUACUGUUUGGGAACGGGACCAAGCUGGACAUUGACCAUGGUUGUAAGGAGGACCAUCUUCUGUUCAUGUACUUCCUGGGCGUAGCAUUGGGUCUGUGUGUCAUCCUCAUCAUUGUCCUUACUUGCGUUUUGUACAAGAUGAGCAAGUGCACAGGCUCUUCAUUGUUUGGUGAUGAUUAUUAUAUUGAUUAA